AUGUCUUCACCAAUCAAAGUUUCCUUUCCCUCGUUCAUGCUCACCAUCAGCGGCGAGCUUUACGGUCCUGCAGAAGGAUCUCCCAACCGAAAAGGUGCUGCCGUGGUGGUGAGCCACCCCAUGACGGGAGUCAAGGAGCAAACUGCUGCGGACUACGCUCGCGAAAGCACCGGCGAACCCCGCGGUCUCGAAGACCCUCAUCAGCGUGUCGAGGAUAACAAAGCUGCCGUCACCUACUUAACUACCUUAAAGGGUAAAGUUGACCCCGAACGCAUCGGCGUGCUAGGUAUUUGUGCAUCGGGAGGAUAUGCCUCGUAUGCCGCACAAUCCGACAUCCGCAUCAAGGCCCUCGGAACUGUCAGCGGAGCCUGUGUCGGUCGAAUGACCCGCAACGGCGGCCUCUACGAACAAAACAUAGAGUCUCACGAAGCCAUCGCAGCCGCUCUCAAAGCCGCAGGGAACUGGCGCACCGCCCACGCCGAUGAUACUAAGGCUCAGGCACCUCGUAUGUUCGAAACGGAAGCAUCCAAGGUGCCCGAGGACGCGUCUUCAUUUUUCAAAUCAGCUGCCUCGUACUACGGCACAAAGCGCGGCCACAAUGCUCGAUCGGACCAGCGUGUUCCUCCGUCAAGCUACGAUUUGAUGAUUGGAUACGACUCUUUCAACUAUCAGCAUCUUAUUUCGCCACGGCCGUUGCUGAUGAUUGCUGGUGCGGAGGCAGAAACUUUACACUAUAGCAAGAAGGCUGUGGAAGGAGCAAAGGAGCCAAAGGAGCUAUUUGUUAUUAAGGGGAGGAACCAUUUUGAUCUGUAUGAUGAUUUAACGGAGUCGGCCCCGAAAUUGGUGGAAUUUUAUAGAAAGGCAUUGUUACACCUGUCCCAGGAUUCCUUGGCAAGGUUUCCUCAAACAGUUUAA